AGCUCCCUCUUAUCCUGGGGAGGAGAUGGGGCCCUAUGGGAGUCAGAGAAAGGUUGGUGGAGAUUAGGUAGGGCAGGGGUGGGGGCUACACCCGCAGCCCCAACUUCUGAGGGAUGCAGGGUUUGUGCUCUGCCCAGCCCCCUCACCCCCAAACAGGCCCUCCAAUUAACCUGCUCACUCUUUCUUAGUUCAUCACCCCUCUCUGUUGUGGAGAAAGCCAGGCGAGGAGGGGGUCUCCCCGCGGGAGCCCUAUGUAAAUCCUGGUGUUGGGUGGGUGGGGAGGGGUAGAGAAGGGGAAAUAAACCUCUUUGGCUGGAGUAGGGUCCGGGUGAGCAGAUUUCCUUAUCCGGGAAUCGCAGGCCGGGUGGCCAUUGGCUCGGAGGAUCACGUGGGCCUCUAACUUUGUUCACUUGACAGUAAGUAGGAGGGCUUUCGGAAACAGGAAAACGAGUCAGGGGUCGGAAUAAAUUUUAGUAUAUUUUGUGGGCAAUUCCCAGAAAUUAAUGGCUAUGAGUUCCUUUUUGAUCAACUCAAACUAUGUCGACCCCAAGUUCCCUCCGUGCGAGGAGUAUUCACAGAGCGAUUACCUACCCAGCGACCACUCGCCCGGGUACUACGCCGGCGGCCAGAGGCGAGAGAGCGGCUUCCAGCCGGAGGCGGCCUUUGGGCGCCGGGCGCCGUGCACUGUGCAGCGCUACGCGGCCUGCCGAGACCCCGGGCCCCCGCCACCUCCGCCGCCCCCGCCGCCCCCGCCACCGCCCGGGCUGUCCCCUCGGGCUCCAGUGCAGCCAACAGCCGGGGCCCUCCUCCCGGAGCCCGGGCAGCGCAGCGAGGCGGUCAGCAGCAGCCCCCCGCCGCCUCCCUGCGCCCAGAACCCCCUGCAUCCCAGCCCGUCCCACUCCGCGUGCAAAGAGCCCGUCGUCUACCCCUGGAUGCGCAAAGUUCACGUGAGCACGGUAAACCCCAAUUACGCCGGCGGGGAGCCCAAGCGCUCUCGGACCGCCUACACUCGCCAGCAGGUCCUGGAGUUGGAGAAGGAGUUUCACUACAAUCGCUACCUGACGCGCCGCCGGAGGGUGGAGAUCGCCCACGCGCUCUGCCUGUCCGAGCGCCAGAUCAAGAUCUGGUUCCAGAAUCGGCGCAUGAAGUGGAAAAAAGACCACAAGUUGCCCAACACCAAGAUCCGCUCGGGUGGCACCGCGGGCGCAGCCGGAGGCCCCCCUGGCCGGCCCAACGGAGGCCCCCCUGCGCUCUAGUGCCCCCCAAGCAGGAGUUCGAACAUGGGGGGGUGGGGGGAACAGCGAGCACCGAAGGGGGUGCGGGGUAUGGGAGGGUCCCCGGGCUUGAGCCCAGAAAAAAUCUAUCUACCCUACCCUCACUUUAUCUAUAAGGAAUAAACACAGAGAAGGGGGGUAGGGAAGCCUUAUUUAUAGAAAGGACAAUAAGGGAGCCGGGUAAAGUCCUUCGGAGACAAGAUUCGAGUCUCUUGCUUUCUUCCUUUAAAAAAAAAAAAGAAAGAAAGAAAGAAGGAAAGAAAGAGAGAGAGAGAAAAGAAAAAGAAGAAAGGAAGGAAGCAAGAAAAGGAGGAAGAAAGGAAAAGACAGAAGAGAAAUGGAGGAGUCUGCUGCGCCUGGUUUUCAGCUUUGGUGAAGAUGGAUCCAGGCUUCAUCUUUAAUCACGCCAGGCCCGGGCCCAUCUGUCUUGUUUACUCUGCCGAGGAGAAGACGGGCGAGCGAGCUUCGGUGGCGACCAUUACCUCGACACUUGGCUAACAAAUGAGGCCAGGCUCGGCCGCUGCCGCCGCCUCUGCUGCUGUCGCUGCUGGAUCACAGCCUGGAUUUUUCUUUCUUUGUCCCCUACUCCUGACACCCAGCGAAUGCACCCUCAGACUGCCAGAUAGCACAGUGUUUUGGCCACGGUAACAAACACACACACAUAUAACUUUCCUCCCUGUCUGUACCCACUUUGGGGUGGGGGUGGGUGGGAAGACUGCUCACUCCCUUCCACCAUAGACUUAGAAGGGGGAACAGAAGGGAAUUGAAGGGCAGUCUGCACAACGUGGGUUCCCAAAUCCGAGCCCAAGAAAUAAAUGAAAAUGAAAAAAGAAAGGUAGCAAUUGGGACACCCAAGAAGGCCUUCUGCUAGAAGGUCCAGCUAGGCCUGGCAGGGUGAGGGGCAGUUGAGUUCUGGGAGCUGGGAAUGUCUUCUGGGCAGUUCACAGUAGUAGAGUCAAGGCCUUCUCUUAGGUUACAAAUGAAUGUGAAAUUAGGAAAUAAAAUACUGUGGCCCUCCUACUCUGGAAGGACAAUGUUGCAGAACCCUCUCCCGUUGUUAUCAUUGUUGCAUCGUUUAUUAUUAUUAUUAUUAUUAUUAUUAUUAUUAUUAUUAUUAUUAUUAUUAUUUUAUGUCAUGUGUGUCCUCUCUCCUGUUCUCUUUCUGACAUUCCAAAACCAGGCCCCUUCCUACCUCUGGGGCUGCCUGAGCCUAGAACCUUUUGUUGGUGUGAAAAUUUGUGUCCUGUACAGAGUGACAACAGAAAUAAAUGUUUGGUUUCUUGUGACCAUCA